UUUAUACUUCUUGUUUUCGCGAAGCUCUAUGGCUGGCGAAGUGCUGCUGAAAUGUUUACGAAGUUCUUGUGAGCUAAAGCUAGAUGACUGAAGAAUGCAGUCACAUUUUGUAUCGGCCUUUACAUAAAAGUAUAGGCCAAUAUAGCCACGGAGCAAGAUGGUACAGGCGUAGAGCGAGUUCAUCGUUGCCUGCGUCAGAAGAAGCGAAGCGCGAAAGCACGAACGAGAUUUACGGACAGAAGGUUGAGGACGCCUUUGACGAACAACUGUUCGCCACCGAGUUGCGCGCUGAUCGUCUCUCGUUCAUUCCACGUACCACAACACAAACCCGCAACAUCGGUGACAGAGCCAUUUGUGUCCUGCCGCAUACGUGUCGCACGCCGAGAGCGCGUCGCAAUCAAGAUGGUCAAGUGCUUCGUUCCCAAUUGCAAUACGGGUACCCCGUUGUGUACCGAGCGUCGGACACUCUUCAGCACUCCCUUGGACGAAGAGAGGCGCGCAGAGUGGGCGCGAGUGAUCGGACGAUGCGACAAGCAACUGACGCGCAGCGACAAGGUGUGCGAGAGGCACUUCGAGCCGCAUUUCGUUCUGAGAACGUGGACGAGGCAGUACAAGGGCCGCGUUUUUCAAGGCGAUAGGAAACCGUGCCUGUCGAACGACGCCGUUCCGACGAUAUUUGAACCGUCGCCGCCGCCGGCAAAGGAGCCUGCGGAACGUCCGACGAAGAUAGCGAGAAAGGUUGUGGGUGACGGACGCCUGAAGAAAUGUUGUGCUGUGCGCCCCGCGGCUAAGAGGAGGAGGCGUGGUAAGCAACCGAACAGCAGCGACAGAGCGUUCACGAAAAGUGCAGCAACGAAGGUGAAUGACAGCGCGCGGGUUUCGUCGCGAGAAGUUGCGGGAGGUGGCGUCGAAUCGACGACUGUAGACGAGUGCGAUGACUGGGAGCCCACGAUGACAACGAUACCGCACAAGGUGUAUGUUGUUAGAAAGAAACCCUCGCGACAGGUUGUAGGUAAUGGUGGCGUGCUCCCAACGAAUGCACCCGCAUACAGCAGAGGACCAGGCAACGAUGCACAUUGUCUACCAAGUGACGCGACGCUUUGUGAAAACUUGUCUUCGGUGAGUGCAGUGGCUGAUGACCAGCAGCUUCGCACCGAGACACGUGUCACCGAAAGCCUUGUGGUACCCAGUGGCACCUCAUUAUCGCAUUCCCCUGGUGUUGGUAGUAGUAGUGGCAAUGCACAGACUUAUCCUGGUACCACUACCGAACUGAAAUCGACUAACACAGACAGAGCAGCAGCAAUUAUGCUGACUCCCUUUGAUGAACUGUUCAGUGCUGCCAAACAGCUCAGUCUACCUAGCAGCUCGUGGGCAGUUCACUGCAUUGAGGAGAACGGUGUGCGUGACAUAGUGGCCUCAGAAAUUGUUGUGGAGCACAAACCGCCAGCGAUCGCCGUUCGCGCUUGCAAAACCGUGCACGUCAAGAGUGACAUGUCUGUUGCCAUCUUGUUGAUGGGAAAGCCGGUCCAAACAAUCAGUGGCAUCAGCACAGAACUGUCGAGUGCCUCCGAUUUGGAACAAUUGCUCAAUGCCUUAGACUCGGUUCGCAUCUGUAAAGGAGGCCCGGAGCAUAAAGAAUAUGCGUCGAUAGAACCAACGUGUGCGUACAUUGACUCUUUUAAAUGCUGGAGGCACAAUCAGUGCCCAAUCGUCCUGACCAGUCCUGGUGGCUCUUGUAAACAAUGUUGUGCGCUUCGUGAAACAUUCCAGUGCCACAUGUCAAGUGUCCUCGAUGGAAAGGGAGCAGGUACACCACUGAAGUGCAUUGGAGAACCACAGACGGGCAUCGGAAUGUGGAAGGAACUACUUCAUAAUGCUGUGGGGUCGCUUAGAGAGACUAAUUCGAGGCUCAAGACGCAGCUUCAAGCACUACGUGGGGAGUUGACACAAGUGAAACUGGACAUUAAUCUUGAGCCAGAGGAAGAAAUUAAACAGGAGAUCAACACAGACGAGAGUAGCACCUCUGAAGAUUGUGAAGAGGAGGAGGGAAGUGUUGCGCAACUUUAUGUUGUUUACUGAUACAUGAAUGUUAAGUCAAGGAAUGUACAAUUUUAGAUGCUUUCACCAGAACUAGUGUUCUGUUGGCAUUAGUCGAGGAUUACUUUACUUUCCUUUUUUUUCUUACCUCGUUCUUUUUCCCUUACGUUACAAAAACUGCUUUGUUUUUUCGAGCGAAGGGGUCCUAAAGCUAGACAUCACUAAAGGGUCCCUGGAAUAAUUUUGUUCGACCUAAGGUAAAUAUUUCUGCAUAGAGGGAAUUACUGAAAACACACUUUUUCGACAAAAUUCUUGUCACAGCUUCAUGUCAUCAUAACAUCAACAUAUCUAUAGGAAUAAAAGUUAGCCUCCUUUGAGCCACAGCAGUUGUCACAGUUCUUCAUUUCACGCAGUUUUGGCUACGUGUUGUCUGUCUACAGUCAUUUUAAGCCUUUUUGCAUGCUUUGUCACUCAUGGGUCCUUGUUAGGGGCUGAUUACUUUUAGUGAACUGAUUGAUGAAGCCAGUGGGCAGAACGCCUGUCACUCCAAUGAAACCAUGUCAGAUACUGUGUCAUGCGAAAGUGAAAGUAUCUGAGAAAUAGAUCACCCAAGAAAACGUCUCCUGGUUUUGCCCUGACAAAUUCCUCAUCAUAGUGGGGAUGAUGGCCACAGUGCAGAGAUUACCCAAGUGCAGUGUUUGCAUCUUCCAAUGCAUCAUCAUAUCCUGCACACUCAUAUCAG